AGAGCUGGCCAGUGGAAGCACUGAGACCUCCACAUACUGAAGGCAUGGACUAUUGACCGCUGUUGGUAUUGGUCUCAUCAUUGACUAUCAUUAAGUGUUGGCUGUUUGCAUGCUUCCUGCCCAGUGGCAGGUUCAAAGAAGCCCGCAGGAAGCGUGCUCCUUUCUUUCCCAGGGCCCGCAAUUGGGCUGGAAGACAGAGCAACAAAAAGCGCCCAUGUAACUCAUGGGAACAUUCAUGUGUGCUGAAUGGCAGGUGAAGGUGCCACAGAGAGGCUGAGGAUUUCAGAGGGCACCAUGAACUGGAGUGAGGUCACAGAGCAGGAACCCAAGACCUUCACUUGGUUGGUGUGAGCACUCCAGGAGGCAGGCACCCUCCCUCAGCCCUCAAGCAAGCAAAAAUGGGUUUAAAAAAGAAGGAGAAGAAGCAGCAGCAGCAGCCGCCACAGAGCUUGUGACAGCUACAGCCUAAGGGCAACAGGCAGGGGAGACCAAGGACCAGAAAGAGCAGAGGCUUUUUCAAAGAAAGAGACCCCUCUCCCAGCACCCAGCGAUGGCGGCAAGCCCCACCCGCAGUGCCUGCUAAGAACAAGUCCCACGUGAGAACAACAUGGCCCCCCGAGAUGCCCACAGGGACCCCGAGAUGCCUGCAGUGCUUGGCUCUCCCGCUGGCCAGCUGCCCACCUGGCUCAGGCCCAGUACUCACCCUGGUCACACCUGGGAGAGGAGGAGAGGAGAGCAUAGCACCUGCAGCAAGAUGGAUGUGGGCAGCAAAGAGGUCCUGAUGGAGAGCCCGCCGGACUACUCCGCAGCUCCCCGGGGCCGAUUUGGCAUUCCCUGCUGCCCAGUGCACCUGAAACGCCUUCUUAUCGUGGUGGUGGUGGUGGUCCUCGUCGUCGUGGUGAUUGUGGGAGCCCUGCUCAUGGGUCUCCACAUGAGCCAGAAACACACGGAGAUGGUUCUGGAGAUGAGCAUUGGGGCGCCGGAAGCCCAGCAACGCCUGGCCCUGAGUGAGCACCUGGUUACCACUGCCACCUUCUCCAUCGGCUCCACUGGCCUCGUGGUGUAUGACUACCAGCAGCUGCUGAUCGCCUACAAGCCAGCCCCUGGCACCUGCUGCUACAUCAUGAAGAUAGCUCCAGAGAGCAUCCCCAGUCUUGAGGCUCUCACUAGAAAAGUCCAGAACUUCCAGGCCAAGCCCGCAGUGCCUACGUCUAAGCUGGGCCAGGCAGAGGGGCGAGAUGCAGGCUCAGCACCCUCCGGAGGGGACCCGGCCUUCCUGGGCAUGGCCGUGAGCACCCUGUGUGGCGAGGUGCCGCUCUACUACAUCUAGGACGCCUCCGGUGAGCAGGGUCAGUGGAAGCCCCAAGGGGAAAGGAAACGCCCCGGGAAAAGGGUCUUUUGCAGCUUUUGCAGACGGGCAAGAAGCUGCUUCUGCCCACACCGCAGGGACAAGCCCUGGAGAAAUGGGAGCUUGGGGAGAGGAUGGGAGUGGGCAGAGGUGGCGCCCAGGGGCCCGGGAACUCCUGCCACAACAGAAUAAAGCAGCCUGAUUGAAAAGCAAA